CAGCGUCAGGGAGGCAGGUUCGCGUCGCUCCUCCACCCAGCGAGACUACUCUGGUCUCGCUCCUAGCCCCAGCGAGACUCUCUCGUUCCUCGCGUCCAGAGAGACUGUUUUGCUCCUCGUCCAAGUGAAACAGUCUCGCUUCUCGUCCCAGCUAGACUACUCUCGCCCCAGCGAGGCUGUGUCUCGUUCCUCGCCCUAGAGAGAUUGUCUCGCUCGCUCGAGUGUCCUCUUCACGUCAAAUCAAUGGUACCAGGGGAGGUGACAACGUUGUAAUGUCGACCUCUCGUCUUCCUGGCACAAAACUACCACAGAGGCAGCAGACGCGUCUAACACCACCACAGAGGCACUAGACACGUCUGACACCUUCACAGAGGCAGCUCACAUACGUCUAACACCACCACAGAAGCAGCUGACAGGUCUAAUACCAUCACAAAGAUUGCUGUUAACACAACCACAGAGGCAGCCGACACACGUCUAACACUACCACAGGGACAGCUGACACACGUCUAACACUACCACAGGGACAGCUGACACACGUCUAACACUACCACAGAGACAGCUAAAUCACAUCUAAUACCACAGAGACAGAUGACGCGUCUAACAUAAUCAAAGAAGCAACUGACACGUCUAACACCAACACAAAGACAACUGGCACACGUCUUACACCACCAGAGGCAGCUGACACACGUCUAACACAACAGAAAUAACUGACACGUCUAACACCACCGCAGAAACAGCUGACACGUCUAACACCAUCACAGAAGCGGCUGACGAGUCUAAUACCACCACAGAGACAGGUGACACGUCUAACAUCACCACAGAGGCAGCUGACACGUCUAACGCCACCAAAGAUGCAGCUGACACAUGUCUAACACCACCACAGAAACAGCUGACACGCGUCUAACACCACUACAAAGAUAGAUGACACGUCUAACACCACAGACAGUUGACACGUCUAAUACCACAUAGGCAGCUGACACGUCUAACACUACCACAGAAAAAGCUGACACAUGUCUAACACCACCACAAAGGCAGCUGACACACGUCUAACAGCACCAUCUAAACCACAGAGGCAGCUGACCCGUCCGUCAGCACCAUAAAAGCAGCUGACACGCCUGACAGCCACAGUGAAUACAUUUGUUAGCACUAUGUUUCUGAUUCACCAAUAUGACACGCAACACUGACUUGCGCAAUGACGCUCUCUUGUAACACAAAAUGAACUAUAAGGUUUUACGACAACAAGAAGAUUAACCAGUGAACUUGUGUCAAUUGUUCAUGGUGUUAAGUUCGUGUAAAGUUGCCCAGGAUGAAGAGGCUGGAUGACACCUGCAGUGCUGCUGUGAGCGUCGCCAAGAUGAUGGAUAACGUGUUGUUGUGUCGCCAAGAGGCUGGAUAACACCUGCAGUGCUGCUGUGAGCGUCGCCAAGAGUAUGGAUAACAUGUUACUGUGUCGCCAAGAGGCUGGAUAACAUGUUGCUGUGUCGCCAAAAGGCUGGAUAACACCUGCAGUGUUGCUGUGUCAACACCCUCUUCGACGAUCACAGAUGGGGAGGAGUUUCCCAGCGACCUUGACGGCCUGUGAGGCAGCAACACGUGAUAAGAGAUGAAUAACGUGCAUGGAAAAGCGUGAGUGAUCUGAGUGGGUAAAGACAUGUGGUGCAUCGCAAGUUGAGUAACCCAAUGACGGAAAAAACAGGAAAUUCGUUGUGAUAAAGUGAGGAGAAGACGACGGGACUUAGUACGGAGCAGGCAGCCGUCCCAGCCAGACCGGCACCCCACACUUGUGCCAGACCGCCCUGUAUGUGCGCGUGUGUGGCAGUGUAUGUGUGUGGGGGACUAACCACACCCUCAUCUCUGUGCCAUACGCAGCGACCAUCCCGCCACCAUGCAUCUUCUACUACUGGUACCAGACGUACAACGGACAAUACAGGAAGGAGAAACGUCUUGAUGACGGUACAGUCAUUGGGACAUACGGCUGGGUGGACGCAAAUGGGCUCCUGCGUCUCUACGAUUAUAUAGCCGACACAAAGGGCUACCGUGUCGUUCGCCAGAAAACCAUGAGAGUGCCUAAGAUUACCGAACCACCCCCAGUAACCUUAGUAACAGCAGCCCCAAGUAUCUUGCGUCCAACAGAACCGAGUAUAUCACAGUUGAUUGAUGCGACGAAGCGACCUGUGAUACCAGCACCUACAGAAAUCCAUUCAAAACGCAUCCCUUCACCUGGUGUUCCGGGCUCGGAGCCUACUAGUAGAGGUCCAACUGCAAGUGCUCCACUCUUAGAAUCCACUAAGAAAGAUCCCAGUGCCGAUGUUCCAGGCUCGGAACCUACUUGGAGAGAUCCUACUGUCAAUGUUCCAAGCUAUGAGUCCACUAGGAUAGAUCCUUCUUCUAUUGGUUCUCAAGGGACUCGCAUCCUCCCUGGCAGACAACCUUACGUGACAUCCAAUACAAGAACACGGACAAGGGGCAGUACAAAGUGGGGAGGGCGGCAAUCAGCCUCGCACGCUCCUAGUCCACAACUGCGACCAUUCCAGCGUACAAAACCAAAACAAGAUGUGAACACUAAUGUUAGAAGACAGGCUACAGGAGAGAGCACAGGUGUGGCCAGCUACUCACCAGGUACAGGAGAGCAGAGGGCAGGUGUGGCCAGCUACUCACCAGGUACAGGAGAGCAGAAGGCAGGUGUGGCCAGCUACUCACCAGGUACUAAUGAUUUACCUGCAGAAGGAAAGUUCACAAUCAACUACGAUCUGGGGAACCAGUUCCAUUUUGAAAAAAUACUCCCAGACGGCACUAAAGUUGGCAAACACGGCUAUGUGGACCCGCUGGGAAUCCUGCGAGUAUCCUACUACACGUCGGGUCCUGCAGGACACACACAGCGUCAGGAGAGUGGAUGGAUAGGCUCACGUGACCCAUACACUUCAUAGGACCAUCACAUUUCAAUCCUUGAGGAAUUUACAAGAUUGUCUCAAUGCCAGGAAGGUAGCCGAAUGAUCCUCCCAUUCUGCACAUCAUAUGGCUAAUGAUCCCCACAUCAAGAAAUCCUGUGACCCAUAUAGGAAUGUUUUUAGUAAAAGAGCUAAGCUCACAUGGGUUAUCUUGGGUAAACUGGAGUGAAGGCUCGACCCUCCUCCCGGUAAUCGCACCAUGCAAUCAAAUGGGCAUGACAAAUAUAUUACUAAUAAGAUGAUGUGUCGUGAGCAUCACUCCUGAGGAAACUGAGUCAAGAACGUCAGUGACUGACCCAAAAACAUUUAAAAGGGUUCACCUCUGCCAUGUGUCUUUCGAAUGUUUAUUAAAGAAAUUAAUAUUUUUGAAAAUAGAAAAAAAUAGACAUUAUUACAAACAUUAGUGAUGCCAAGACUUUAAUUUAAAUCAGCAAAAUGUGCAUUAGUUGUAAACCUGAAAAUGGCCUAUUAUUAUAUUCAAGGGAAGUGCUAAACACAUAGGGUUUAGUGCCUGGGGAAUGGGAGGUAAUUAGAUUUAAUUACCUAGCACCAUCUACCUGCAUAACCCCCUUCCCUUCAAGGAUAAACAUGAUGAAUUAAGUUUUUUAAAUAUCUGUCCGACUGCUAAUCAAGGCUGCUGGUGUUAAUACAGUCAUUUUAACUCGGCUGUGUCUCUCUACAUUAACCAUGAAACUAAGAUUGUUAUUCAGUUCCUGGCAAAAUAAUCAUGCAAUGUGAUCACUGAUCCAGUGAGAGUACUAUACAUAUAGUGUGACUAAUGGGACCCAGGCUGCAAAAAGUGCCCAUUGAGAGCUUGUUUGAUUAACAUUGUGCUCAGAUUGUUUAUAAAUCAUGGGGAAGUGCUAAACUAUUGGGAAGAGGAAGUAAACAGGUUUGAUCCAAGGGAAGGGUAGUGCCAAUUCCUCUUCCCUUCACCUACAUGUGUAACCCUUCCUAGAAGCAUUUUUCUCUCCAAGCAAUAAACUAUGUGAAGAACUGAAGUAUGACAAGUGUGUUAUGGUGAUCACAUUACUGUUCGCAAAAAUCACUAAAAGAAUUAUAGCUAUAUUAAACAGCAAGAAAAAAAUUAGUGCUAAACCUCAAAUAACUGAUGUUAAUUAUAUAUAUGUGAUUGGUGUAGUUUCUGCUACUGCAGCCCAACUUCCAUUGUGGCCACCUGAUCAACGAGGCUGUUCCUACCUGCAGUUCGCAGACCUGCAUAGCCAGUACAACCUGGCUAAUGAGUCACCUGCAGGAAGCUUAGUGUCUUCUUCAGGACCUUCGUGUCGGCAAUAUUUAUUAUCUUUGAAAGCAGAAGGUUGAAAAGUCGUGAAUCUCAAGGAUUCAUCUAAUAACUUCGCAAUUGCACUCUUUCUGCUGUCACAAUGGAAAAGAAAUUACAUUAUUUUGGCUUGAAACAUUACUGAAAUGUUGUAGUGAUGUUAAAGUACUGUACUAUAAUUCCACUGUACUAGCACAGCUGAAAUAUUAUAACUUAAGUGCUGGUUAAGUAAUUAUGUAUUGUGAUAUAUAUAGUGAUUUAAAUUUAAGUGUUGAUGUAUUGUGGCUUAUAAUAGUGCUAGUCGUGUUGGAAUAUAAAGUAUACUGUUGGUAAAGUUCUGAAGUAUUGUGACAAUGUUAGCAGGAGAAUAUCAUUGUAACAUACAGUAGCCUAUUGUUAUUGUUAAUAGUGUUGUAAAUGAACAUGGAUUGUGGUAUUGAUGUGUCACAACUAAGACAUCAUAAGUGUUGGAACCUAGUACAUAACUUAUUGUUGCUUAAUUACAGCACAACACAAUACUGACAUAUUUAUACUGUAGUAGUGUACUAAUGAGGUACUGUUGAGGUUUAGUAUAUUGAAAAAUUCAAUAGUAUACUACUGUUAAUACAAUACGGGAAUUGAAAUAUUUCAGGUGUUAAAUACUGGAAUCAGGUGAUGAAAAAUAUGAAAAGGCCUUCAUUGUAUUAGAGACUAUUAGAUUUUUUUCAAUAGAUCUUUCACAGUAAACUAUUAAAGGAUUCUUGUAAUCACAAAAUGAUAAUAUAUAGCAUAUUCCUUGUGCUGGUUCAACCAUGAAAAACAAUGUCUGACCUUAAUAUUAUAGUAUAUUUGUGGAAGUGCUAAACCCACAUGGGUCAUAUUAAUUGUAAAAUGCGUGUAAUAGAUAUCUUUAACAUGAAGAUUUCUUGUUAGCACGUGUGAGAGGCAUUAUUGAGUUCAGGUCCUUGUCUGAGUUAGUCUAUAAUUUUUUCUUAAAAUGUCCAAUAUUAAAUGGAGUAUGCCAUGAACAUAGUUUUAUUUGUGAAAAUGGUAAGAAAUGCAAACUAAGGAAAUCCAGUGUAACCCAACCUAACAUAAUAUAACUUUACUCCUUAGCGGUAGAUAUGGGAAUUGUGAGUGUUUACAGUCAAUGCAUCUUUGUUUAUCCUGAUUGACCAGACGUGUUACAUGGCAAAUACUAACAAUUGAUUGACUCGAUGGGCCAAAAUAAAUACAUCUUAAAUUAAAUUUUAGAUAAGAAAUUACAAUUGUAGGGGUACAUAUUAUUAUUAUUAUUAUCAAACCAAGCACUAGACCUUUACCUAAGGGUCACAGCACUUAGGGGUACAUUAUUAUUAUUAUUAUAAUCAAAAAGAAGCGAUAAACCACAAGAGCUAUACAGCACUGCACUUAGGGGUACAGAUAACAUUUAUAUUUUACAGCAUAAAGUAGUAAGUCAGUUCAGACCAGGACCUAAACUCACCAUUAGCCUAAGUGAGUUGUAUUAGGAUAUUUAUAUUAUUUUAUUCGUAAGCAAGUGCUAAACCUAUUAAGAUUUAAUCCAAAUGAUGGUAGCUCCAAUUCUUGGAACAAUAGCCCUUCACUAAUAAGGAAGCCCCCCCCCCUGUCUACCUUGAAGGAACAACCUUUCUUUCUAUUUAGAGCAAGCAAAAAUUUGUAACUAAUAUCUAAACCAUGAGAAUAUAGUCAGCAUUUCUUUGUAAAUAUAGAAUUAAAGACAUUUUAAAAUACGUAUAUCGAUUUGCUUGUUUUAAACUACAAUAUAUUUCACUUAGAUUUUGCAAACAAAAUUCACCACAGACUGUUUAAGUGGAAAUUCAAGUAGUAUAUAUAAACAACUAUAUAACAAGAACAGGUUUAUUUUAUACACGUCACUCAUACCUUUUAGAAAGGCUCAGGCCUAACAAAUUAUCUAAUUUUUUUUAUUUUGUAUUUUACUCGUGAAGCUAGAAACCAUGGUUUAGACAGCAACACAGGGUUGAUCCUAGGUUGACAUUACAAUAUUCACACAAAAGUGCUGAUAUCCAUGUCAUUAAUGGCUGUCCUUUGCUUAAGAGCUAUAGGAAUGUAGGCUCUUACCCAUGACUUUUUUCCCCUGUAAAUUUAAGCAUUUUGUCUUCAUUUAUUUUAGUUUUCCUACAGCACAGUACUGUAAUGCAUUUAGUUUCUAGUAUGUUGUGAAUGGUUGUGCUUGACAGUUCAGCUUUGGGGAAUGUCCCUCAAUAGUAGUAAUAAUAAUAAUAAUAUAAAACAAUAAAUGCUAAACCCCAGAGCAAUAAUAUAGCUGGUUACUGCAUCAACUUCUGAGGAUACCAAACACUGUCCAGUCCCAGGCUUAAGCCUGUCUGGCCCUGUUAUUCAUUAAAUGAAUAAUCAGUGCUGAUUGUAUAACUAACAUAUAAAUGAAUUUCAUAUCUCAGCUAUUCAAGUUGGUGUACCACAUUUGUACUACAGAAUAGUCAGGCCUUAUUGUUAAAGCUUUAAAAAUGACACUUCCUAACACAUAAGUGGCCUAAUGCAUCACCCGGGCAUUAUUCUCGUACUUAUAUUUCAGUAACUAGUGUAUUCAUUCAGGUCACUGUGAAAACUCUCUAGAUUAUUGUCAAAGAAUGUGAAUUCUUUCCCUCAGAUAUGCAACAUCUUACAUAACUACAAGUAACCUGCCCUUUUAAGUUACGACAUUAGUUUUUUACUAAAAAUAUUAGCGUCAAUUUUUCUGUAUACCGUACUGUUAGUCUAGAUUAGGUUAGUCAGCCCAUUCUCUUAGCAAUAUUUAUAAUUCUGACAGUUCAUAAACUUUAAUUUGCAAUAUAGAAUUUUUAAGCCAUUUCUUCUUAACAGCAAAUUUCAUAUUUCAUUUUGGUUAAGGUUAGGCGUAGUUAAGAGUGUCAUCAAGCAAUCAAAAUAAACCAUUUAUAACAUAUCUGAAGGCUAAUAAGUGAAACUGGUGCAGGAGAAAGAACUGGGACCAACCAAGGGGUCCACCAUUUGCAUAUUUACAUCUUGAUUCCAGUUUUAUUUUUGCCCUUGCAGGUAUAGUAUAAUUGGUUAAUUUUUUGCUAAAGAACACUUAAACCUAAUUAUAGAUAACUUAAAUAGAGGAAUUUGCUUGAAGAUUUGGAACAUAAACUGUUUAAACACAACUGUUGCUGAAGAUAAUGGGUUACUUAUGAAUGAUGUAACAGAAAACAGGGAUUAUUAUAUUUAUGACCAGGUGGAGGGAAAGAACCCAUAAGGGUCAAUGGUCAGCCAGUUCCUGGGAAAAGGGGAAGCAAUCAGGUUCAAUUCAUGGAAGGGCAGGGCAGGUCCAGUACACUGGAUGAAUAGCCCCUCAACAAACCCUCUUUAAGGGGAGAAAAUGGGGAACCAUGGAGAAGACGAGCAAAACCAAUGUUCUGGCUUUAUGUAGCUUUCUCUUAGGAUGUGUUAUAAGAGUGAAUUAAACCCAAUGAUGACUCGGAGAGUUUGGUUGAUGUGAUAACACUAGCCUCAUGACACACACAUCAACCCAGUUUAUUCUUAGUGUUUCCCCAUACUCAACACCUGCAAUCUGAAGCACUAUUUAUUGUUGAAGUGCUCCUAACCCUGUGAUGGUAGUACAACAUAACCUGCUUUAUGUGCCAUUUUUAACCAACCAGUGAUCAACUGACAUGUCAGUUAUAGUGUAGUCAAGUACAUAGUAUGUUUUAUGGUGGUAUGGCAUACAGGUGUAAGAAAGCAAGCCACAUCAUAUACUUGUAUAUUUCUAACUUCACUGUGUUAAACACCUGGUCUAGCUAUUCAUCUUCCCACACUAAGUAUAAUAUUAAGAAUAUAUACGUACAACAAGGAACCAGAUGUCGAGUUAUAUAUAUAUUUAUACUCCAGUGCUUUUUAGGCAGUCAAACAAGCCUAACUAAGGUAAUCUACAAAUUGAUACUGAACAAGUAUAGUAUGUAUUAAAUAAUUUUCCUGUAUCAGUAUAUUUUCACGAAUUAACAUGUAUACAGCUUUUUAUUUCUUUUCCAAACUUAACUUUACAACCUACCCUAGCUUUGCUAAAAUUAAUUUUAUUCCAACCAGACUUGCUUCAGACAUCCUUUUAUUUAGUUACCAGUCAUCAGCAUCAGUGAAAUAAAAAAAAAAAUUUUUUUUGAGAAGCUAUUGCAACACAAGAUUACACUUGGCUUAUUUGUUGAAAGUUUGUUGCUAUAUAAGCCAAGUUCACUAGCUCUGCCUAAAAAGCACAUAUUUAACCAUGCCAUUAGUUACUGCACGUAACGUUGUUAGUGUAAAAUUGUAUGUGAUAUAAAGCGUACCCAUGAUU